AUGGAGCCAGCAGGGUUAGCAAUCGGCAUCGCGGGACUGGCAGGAAUAUUCAGCGGCUGCCUGGAUGUUGUAGAACGAGUCGACACUUACAGAGACUUUAGCGUGGACUCGCGCGCUAUUAUCUCCCAAUUUGAUGCCGAUAUAUUAAUGUUCAAGCAAUGGGGCAAAGCCGUUAGCUUUGACGGCACGACACUCAGUGAUAACCACUAUGAAAAGUUGGACGAUGCGGAGACAUUGUCGGCGGUCCGGAAGAUCUUUGCGAUUAUCCAAGACAUC